AUGGAGGCAGGGCCAUCUUGUUCGGGUGUCCGACGUGGCGACCGGAUCAGGCGAUCCGCGAUUCGACAUGACUCUAACUACUGUACUAUUAUUAUUAGUGGCGUUAUGUGCUCACUCUGCAUUUUCGGAAGUCUUGCAGUCGACAAAUUCGUAUUUGUCAGUGGCUGAUAGAGUACGCUUGAAGAGCAUACUUGAACCAGGAUUUCAGCUAAAAGAUGUUCCCACUGUAUACUAUGCUGCCAGUGGAUACAAGCUUCUUGGAGAGGCUAUACCAAAAGCAGAUGCCAUCUGCAAAUUUUUAAUAAAAUCCAAUGGGGACAAUAUUACUCCUGAAACAGCAUUUUAUCUUGCCUCUACAUGGAAAGCUAUUGGAAACUGUCAAGAGUUUUCCACAAAUAUUGCGACGAAGGUAUUAACAAAUGUCGUACAGAAGGACACUUCCACUCUCUCUGAUCUGUAUUAUGCAGUGAACGGCUUAACAGCUUUAUCACAAAAGGUACCUGCUGCCAGAAUCGAUAAGCUAGUAAAAUUAAUACAAGCAGCUUUACGGAAGGAUGACAGUCUGUGGAACUUGGGAUACACGUUCCAUAUUGCUGCGGACAUAGGCGCUCCAGCUGCGUUUGCUUUUGAUCGUAUUGAGGAUGCUGUGGUACAGGCUGAUGAAGUGGAUGGCCAGUACUUGCAGUUUGAAGGCGGUCUUUCUAUCACGAGUUUUCUUGUCAAUGGUAUUUUUAAAUUGUCAACUUCAUUGAAGAAAAAGCCGCCACUAAACUUCCAACAAACAGUCAAACUGGGCAAUUAUCUUCUCUCGCGACGUUCUGUGCAAACCACGAAAGGAGCUACAAACCUAUUGUCCGCUUUAACCACUUUGGCAGUCGACAGUUCCGAGAAACCAGUUUGCAUAACUUUGGCCGAUGGAGGAAUUAUCUCUAAUCAACAACCAUUGGUCACAGUUAAGGUUUGCGAUAUUCUUGGUCAGACACUGCCAACUGUGCCUAAGGUUGUUGCAAAUUCCGCCACGAGAGUAGGAGACGACGUUGUUAUUCUUAGCAAUGAGAAUUUGCAAUCGUCUACAACCGACAAGACUCUGUUCACGAUGAAUUUGAUGAAUGUGAAACCCGAUCGCGGUUUUUACAAGAUAUCAAUAACCGCGGCCUCCGUCUCGAAUACGAUUACGGUAAAGGUCUUGUCCGAGGCAGUACUAGACUACCUGGAAAUUGGAACCGGUGAUGCUGAUCAAACCACUCAGCCAAAACUUAUAAGAAUAAAUACAGAGUCUCCCUCGGGCAAACUCGAGCAUAAAAUAGAAGCUGAUUCUCAGCAGAAACUAGUCAUGCGCUUCUUGUUGCGCGACUUCGCGAAUAAGAAACCGAUGCGCGUACAUCAGGCCUUCGUACGCCUCACAUCCGUUUCCGCAUCCACUAGUGAUAAGCAAGGUCACGAAAUCUUUUUCGUCGCCGAACCUGAUGCUGCUCACGUUUAUAAAUUCGACAUGCCGGUUGGGACGGCAGCGGCAAAUUUCGGUCACCAGAGUGGAGACUAUAACAUGGAACUGAUCGUCGGCGAUGCCGUGAUUAGUAAUCCGUUCCGAUUCAACAUCGGUGCGGUUACUUUGAAAUUCCCCGAGUUGUCGUCGGUGGAGGGUGCCGAUAAGAGCGCCUUUUACAAGGAAAAAGACAUGUAUACUACUAAACCGGAAAUAAAGCACAUGUUCCGCGAGCCCGAACGCAGACCACCAGCAUUCGUGUCGAACUUGUUUUCGGGCUUGUGCUUGGCGCCAGUUCUGCUAUUAUUGAUUUUGUGGGCUCGACUCGGUAUCAAUAUUUCAAACUUUCCCUUAUCUCUCAGUGCGAUUACAUUCCAUCUUGGAUUAGGAGGGAUCUUUGUGUUGUUUGGCAUUUUCUGGCUGAAGCUCAAUAUGUUUGUCACGCUGCGAUAUUUGCUGGGCUUUGGCAUUGUUACAUUCCUCGCUGGAAAUAAGAUGCUAUCUCAGAUAGCGCACAGGCAUAAAUCGUUACGUUAAUUUAUGAAUUUUGAAUAUAUAUCUGAAUGUUUGCAGUUGCAGUUUAAAGUGCAUAAUAAAUAUAAGACUGCCAUCAGCAAGCUCCAAACAGCUCCAAUCAAGUUCGUUGAACUGGCGAAAGCAUCGAGCUGUUUCACUUGUCAUAGAUGUACAUAAUUCAUAAAAUAUGUAUAAUUUUAUUACCUGUAAUUUCUUUAACAUGAAUUUGGAUGGCUCUUUAUGUUUAAUUAUAAUUGAGUUUCGCGUCAGUUCUAAGAAUUACAAAUCAAUAUCUAUUAAUAAUGUUAGACAAGGAGAUAAAAAUGAUGUAAAACUCAUUGAAUGUGCACCUACGAUAAAAGAAAGUGGCAGAUAUAUAAUUUGUUUGUCACAAUUGAAAGUCAUUAA